AGGCCAUAACUAGUCUAAAAUGCAUGUUCACUGUUUCCAUAGAGCAAAACUGAUGGCACUAAUAAGUAACAUCAGGAACCACUGUCUUUAUCAACCAAAAUAAGAUCUUAUCCUGUGCUUCAUUUUCUGUCUCUCAUUGUUAAAUCUUCUUCUAGAAGGGUCACCAAGUUAUUUCAUGCAUCAAUGGCCGGUUGUCAUGUGAGUCCUGUGAUUUUUAGAACCAUGGAUAUCAUGAAGCUUCAAAGAUUGGCUCCAUCUGAGAAUCUUUCAAGGAUGAACACCUCGAGAUUUGGUGGCAGACCGCUCUGGUCUAAACCCUUCACUGUUGUUAAAGUUGGAGAACAGAGCUUUGGGUCAGGCUUGGUUAUGGAUGACACACUUGCUGAGAAGAAAAGAGAGCUUUACCAGGCAGUGGAAGGAAUCAACAGGGGGAUUUUUGGACUCCCAUCUGCCAAGAAAUUUGAAAUUGAGAGUCUGGUGCAGCAGCUAGAAUAUAUAAAUCCAACUCCAGACCCAACUCUAAGACUAGACAAGGUGGCUGGGUGUUGGAGGCUUGUUUAUAGCACAAUCUCAAUUUUGGGAUCCAAGAGAACCAAGUUAGGCCUGAGAGACUUUAUCUCAUUGGAUGAGUUUUUUCAAACCAUUGAUAUAGCCAAGAGCAAAGCAGUUAAUGUGGUCGAGUUCAGCGCAAAGGGGUUGAGUUUGUUGUCGGGACAGCUUAGCAUUGAGGCUUCUUUCAAGAUUGCUUCUGCAACAAGGGUUGACAUUAACUUCGAAAGCUCCACCAUUACCCCUGAUCAGUUGAUGAAUGUAUUCCGGAAAAAUUAUAAUCUUCUGUUGGGCAUCUUCAAUCCAGAGGGAUGGUUGGAAAUCACAUAUGUUGACGGUACCAUGAGGAUUGGAAGGGACGACAAGGGUAAUAUCUUUGUACUGGAAAGAUUUGAAGAUAGAACAUCGACACAAGCAGGAGGAGGAUCCUUAUAUCAAGCAGCCAAUCAAGCAGUCAAUCAAUCAAUCAAUCAAAUCCCUUUACACUUUCUUUUUCCAACUGUAAAGGGCUAACCUGAUUUACAAAUAUACUUUAGAAUAUUCAAUUUAUUUAUUUAAAUAAAAAAAAUCUAAAGACUAUCAUAAUUUAUUAU